AUGGCUGACUACUCCGUUAAGAAAAUCUCUCCAAAGCUGGGAGGAGAAAGAGGAACUCGAAACCCUAAUGGCCCAACUUCUUCACAUGACCUCGUUGAGCCAAUGGAGUUUCUUUACGUAGAAGUAAUCAAAGCCCUCAACAAGUCUGUCCUAAACCCUAUAACCUAUGCAUGCGUCCCUACCGUAGAAAUCACUCUCGGAAACUACCAGUCCACUACAAGAGGUCUACCAGUGGGACCAGACGGAGCCUGGAACCAAGUCUUUGCGUUCGACAAAUCCAAAGCUGAUGUCUUGUCAGUUGCCUUAAAAGACGGUAACACCUUGAUUGGCAAGCGAAACUUCAAGUUGGCUGCUGAUAUUCCCUCUAGGGUUCCUCCAGAUGCAAGACUGGCUCCUCAUUGGUACCCUAUAUCGAGCACUGUGGAAGGUUACCACAUGGAGUUGCUGAUGUCGGUUUGGUUCGGUACACAAGCCGAUGAGGUUUACUCAAACGCUUGGUUUGCUGACGCGUCUACUGUCCCUCCUAAUAAGAUGCCCAACACGCGACCUAAACUUUACCUAUCCCCAAGGCUAUGUUACGUUAGGGUUACAAUUGUUUCAGGUCAUGACUUGCUUGCUACCAAUCCAAAACGAACACCUAACGUUUACGUGAAGAUAAUUCGAGGUGAAGAGCCAUAUCAAGUCUGUUUAAAAACCGGUGUUUCCGCUGGUAAGGACCCGUCUUGGAACCAAGAUCUCACAUUUGUAGCGUCAGAGUCGUUAGAAGGAACGGUCAAAAUACGACUAAUGGAUAUCAUCAAACCGUCUGAGGAACAAUGCAUAGGGACAUUAGAGAUAAAACUCUCAGAUAUGGCAGCUCUUAAAGUUCCAGGAGCAGCACCAGCUCUAUUCUACGACAUUAAACCGCCCGGUAACACCUAUCCGGAAGGCGACACGAGGCGGUUCACCAGCACACUCAAGAUGAGACUAGCCACUGAUCAAUCCUACCACGUCUUUGAUGAAUGUAUCCACUACUGUAGCGAUUACCGUGCCUUCGCAAAAGGGUUAUGGCCCGGUACGUUAGGGAAGCUAGAGGUUGGGAUUUUAGGUGCAACCGGUGUACCUAAAUUGAAAAACAUGAACCACGAUAGGAGCGCUUACGUUGUGGCCAAGUAUGGGAACAAAUGGGCGAGGACUCGGACCGUGGUCAAUAACAAGUCGCCUAAGUGGAACGAGCAGUAUUCUUGGGACAUAUACGAGAUGUGUACUGUCUUAACGCUUGGAGUCUACGACAACCAUCAGGUCUUAAGGGAUGAUAAGCUUAACGAUGUUCCUAUCGGGAAAGUGAGGAUCCCAUUGAGUUUACUUCAAUGGAACAGGAUCUACACUGGUUCAUACCCUAUCUUGGUGUUAGGGAAAGAAGGGUUAAAGGUAUCAGGUGAGAUUCAGCUCGCGGUUCGAUGUGCUUGUCCACCACCAACGUUAAUAUUCUUUCCACCAUCGUACGCAUUUGCUAUGGCUCCUUUCCGUUUGCUGUUACCAAAGUCUCAUUACAAGUCACCACUAGGGUUGCCUCAGGUCGACAAACUGCAAUCAUUUGCUAUGGAUGUGCAUUGUCAGAACCUGGCGAGAACAGAGCCGCCAUUGAGAACUGAAGUGGUUAAGGAUAUGUUGAAGCCCAAGAGUAAAGAGUUCAGUUUGAGAAGAACCAAAGCUAAUCUCCACAGGCUUAAUAAAUUCUAUGCGUGGCUGUCAAGCAAGUAUGGUCUGUUAGAUUCAAAGAUCAGAUCCACGACAGAUAAUACUCCUAAAUGGAUUACGUUUGUUGUCUGCUUUUGUGUUCUUUGGGUGCUUCCACAUGUGUUGUGGCUUGUAAUCUCGUUAUACCCGUUAUGCCCUGUGGGGUUCAUUGUCUACGAAGCGUGCAAGAUCUUGAUGGAAUGUUACAGGACGAGGAAUGGUCUUGGUCCUCCUCCUCCUUUGGUUCUCUUCGACGCGAAGCUCUCGAUGCUCGACCUUCCCAACAACCUUGACGAGAUAGACGAGGAGUUUGACGCGUCGCCUGUCGACCAGAAAAUUCUUAAGAUGAGGUACGAUAGAUUGAGAGAUAUGGGGGCGGAUGGGAUGGUGUUUUUGGGGGAAGCUGCGGCACAAGGAGACAGGGUUUACGCGUUAUAUACGUUAUGUAUGAACAGUACAAUCUUGCGGAUUUGCUUAAUGGUUCUGCUUUACGUGGUCUUGCUCGCCUAUUACUAUUGUUUGUUUGAGUUUCUGGUUAAGGCUUGCGUUACCAUCUCUGUUUUCAGAUGGGUUAACUUCACGUUUGCUCGGUUGGAUCUGCCUUCUGCCUUGAAGAACUACUUCAGAAGAUUGCCUACCAAUGAAUACCUCAUGAUGUGA